GUGAGAUAGUGUAAGCGGUAAACGGAGGGUAACCUAGUAGAGUUACUCAGCUUGAAGUCUGAAGUGUGAAGGAAGCAUCAGCAACGUACAUUUAAUAUCUGAUUGGCAAUUCAAAGGGAAAACGAAUGGCUUCUGAAGAUAUUGCUCAGCUUACAGAAGCACUGGCUAAGACUCAUGUUGGGGAAGAGUUAUGCUACAAGGGUCAAGGACUGAAACUGGAUGACAAGCAAUCAGUGGAAGAGAUAGCUAGAGAGAUAGAACAGUGCAAGUGUCUGAAGGCAUUGAGACUGGAAGGAAAUACUAUUGGGGUGGAAGCAGCACAGGCCAUUGCAAAGGCUCUUGAGUCCAAAAAGGAACUGCAGCGAUGUCACUGGAGUGACAUGUUUACAGGUCGCCUUCGCUCUGAAAUUCCUCCUGCCUUGAAAUCACUGGGCAGUGCACUGAUGACCUCAGGGACCAGGCUUACUGAACUGGACUUAAGUGACAACGCUUUUGGUCCAGAUGGUGUAAAGGGCAUCGAGGCCCUCCUGAAGAGUUCUGUGUGCCAUACUCUACAGGAACUCAGGUUCAAUAACUGUGGCAUGGGCAUUGGAGGGGGAAUAAUCCUUGCCUCUGCAUUAGCUGAAUGCUACAAGCAGUCAAGUGCUGCCGGCUCCCCUCUGAAGCUGAAAGUCUUCGUAGCUGGACGUAAUCGUCUGGAGAAUGAUGGUGCCAUUGCUCUUGCCCGUUCUUUUCAGAUGAUUGGUAGUCUUGAGGAGGUUCACAUGCCACAGAAUGGGAUCAACCAUCCUGGAAUCACAGCUUUGGCCACUGCAAUGCAGCACAAUCUCAACCUCCGUGUCCUCAACCUCAAUGACAAUACGUUUACCAAAAGAGGAGCAGUAGCCAUGGCCCAGGCUCUCAGGCACCUGCGCAACGUUCAGGUGAUUAAUUUUGGAGACUGUCUGGUACGUUCUGAAGGUGCUAUUGCUAUAGCAGCAGCCUUAAGAGAAGGACUGCCUAUUCUCAAGGAGCUCAAUCUGUCUUUUGGGGAGAUUUCAGAAGCUGCAGCUUUGGUAGUUGCUAGGGCAGUACGGGACAAAGCUGAUCUACAGAAACUGGACCUCAAUGGAAACUGCCUGGGAGAGGAUGGCUGUGAAGCUCUUAAAGAGGUCUGGGAAAGUGUGAACAGGGCAGAUGUUCUUGGCUCGCUCAGUGAUGAUGAAGGGGAGCUAGAUGAGGAAGAAGAGGACGAUGAGGAUACAGAAGAAGAUGAUGAAGAGCAGAACUGUGUAAAUGGGACAAAUGAAAAUGGUGGUGGAAGUCCAGCGAAGGUGACUCUCUGCAGUCCAGACCUUUUAUCCUUCCUACAUUCCCCAACAUCAGAGAAAUUGCUUAACCUUGGAGCCAAGAGGACACAGUUAAUUGAGCAUCAGCUUGAUUUUUCAGAUGCUACUAAAAUUGCAGAGGUUUUUCUUCAGAUCACCUCAGUGUAUAAGGAGGAGGCAGAAGUGAAGCAAGUCGUUUUUGAAACUGUUGAUACCCUUUUGAGGAAAGCAUUUUCCAGUCCUCGCUUUCAGUCUUACAUUUUUGUCUCCUCACUGAUGGUGAACCUGGGGCUUUUAAAGGGUGAGGAAAAGAUGAAGAAAGUGUGUGUCUUGCCUGGUCAUCUUAUUGUUCUGGAGCACUGUGUUGGGCAGGACUACUUUCCUGUGGACCAGGCAGAUGUUCUGGAGAUCUUUUUGACCCGAAAUGGCAAAGUCUUAGAGUCUUGUUCCAAUGCUAGAGAUGCCCUUAAAACCACACUGGAGAAAAGGAUCACUGCUUAGUUCCCUGUGUUGUACACAGCCACUGAACACAUCAUACGGGUCAAACGCACAGGCCAAGUACUGAACCUGAAAUGCUCACAGAGACUUUCCAAUGUAGAAUUUAGCAACCACUCUAACAGACAGUCAUGUUGAAAAUAUCAUUUGAAUCUUGCCUAUAAUGAAGAGGUAAUUAAAGGGAACCCCACCGAUUUGUCAAAGUGUCAGUAUAAUUCAGUCUGAUGUGAAAUGAUUAUUAUUAGUAUUAUUAGUAUUACAGAGAACUUACCAACUUGGAUUUCUUUACAGUGGUGGUGAUUGGAACCAGGGGUUGUGAUGUCUACAACGCAAAUGUAGCUAUUUUAAUUCAUUAACCAAAACGACCAGUGAGCCUACAUGUCGUUUGAGCAUUUUAAUUUAGUUGAUAGUGGUAAAACAGUGGUAAUUAAACAUUCAGAUAUCUGGUUCCUAUCACCAUCACAAUUCUGACUCUAAAUUUCUGUAGAAUGGAGCAUUUCACAUCAAACCACUCUGAAUGGCAUUGUUUACAUCUUAAUGUGUAAAUUUUGCAUACAUUUAGAUAAAUGUGUGCAAUUACCUGGUCUGAAAUGUACAAAGUACAGUGUAAACUAGUGCCUCAUGAUUACAAACAAAACAUAAGCCAAAAUUACUGGAAAAAAAUAGCCUGGUUAAAAUUCUUGCAAAUCUUAUGCAGUAUUCAUGCACAGAUUCAGUCUGACAUAACUGUGGUAGAAAUCUGUGGACUUUUUUAGUUGGAUAAGUCAGUACUUUGUGAUUAUUCAGAUGGAUAGAAUACUUGAAGAAGAAACCAUAUUGUAUAGCACUCCUGAAAUUGACAUUUAGUCUGAUAUUAUCAGGCAUAGUAUAAUUGGCACAAAAACUAAAGUGAUUUGAAAGUUUCCUUGAUGUAAAACUGUUUUACUCUAUUCUUGACUGAGUUUGGUGUCACCCAACAUUUUUGUUUAUUUAAUGCCAGACUGAAUCAGUAAUGUGAAACAAGCUUAAAAGUAUGCAAGUGUUUGUUUUUUUUGUUUUUCUUUUUUUUGCUUCUUUUUUGCUUUUUUCAUUCCUCCACCAGUAGAGCUUUACUAGAGUUUCAGGCAUCUCAUUUUUAACAUAUCUUUAUUUUCAUACAUAAAAUAUAUAAACUUAAAAAAAAAGAUAAUGAAUGAAAAGUGAUUAGUGCUGAAGAAUCAAAUUGCAGUGAAUAUGAGCUACUGACUGAUGGCAGUUACAUUGUAGUGUAGCACAAAGAAGCACCUCUACACACUGAUAUAUUUGACAAGGAAUGUUAAAUUAAGUAUGAAGUAAUGGUAGAAUUGGUGGUUUUAUUUUUUUUUUCUUUGUAGUUGAACUAUUCAGGGAACAGCUGGAAAAGGGAACAAAGAAAAACUUGGAAAGUAUUGUACACAAGAUAUGUGUGAUACUCAGCUGUACUAUUGUAUUUGGUCCAUUCCAUUAUAUUUGAAUUAAAGUGAUGAAUUAU